CGGUGAUGACACCGGCGCGGGACUGGCGCGCCGCCGUGACGUGCGCGGGUCCGCGCGCCGUGGAGGCAGUGCGCAGGCGCGGGAUCGGCGGUGCCGGGCGGCGGUUGAGGCUUCCAGGCGCGGCGCCGACCAUGACCCAACAGGGCGCGGCGCUGCAGAACUACAACAACGAGCUGGUCAAGUGCAUCGAGGAGCUGUGUCAGAAGCGAGAGGAGCUGUGCCGGCAGAUCCAGCAGGAGGAGGACGAAAAGCAGCGGCUGCAGAAUGAGGUGAGGCAGCUAACGGAGAAGCUGGCCCGCGUCAACGAGAACCUGGCGCGCAAGAUCGCCUCUCGCAACGAGUUUGACCGGACCAUCGCCGAGACCGAGGCCGCCUACCUCAAGAUCCUGGAGAGCUCCCAGACUCUGCUGAGUGUCCUCAAAAGGGAAGCUGGGAACCUGACUAAAGCCACAGCUUCAGACCAGAAGAGUAGUGGAGGCAAGGACAGCUGACGAGUGUCCGUCUCAGCCGUGGCCUAUGGCUGCCCAGUCCCCGACGUGUCUGUCCUAAAGCAUCUCUGUUCUUCGUGGCCUCAGAUGCCUUCCCACGAUCUCAGGUGCCCUGAGGGACAACUUCCGACCUCCACCUGCCUUGGGUGACGAGAAAAGCCCUAGGACAGUCCAACGGGAAAGGAGUUCCCAGCUCUGUGUCAUGGGGACCCUGAGCUCCUGGUUAGCUCCAUGAGGGGCCUCUCUCUGAAGCCCCUAUAUUUCCUUGGGCUGCCAGGAAGGUCCUGGUCCUAGUCCAAGUACUGUGGGAGCCCCUCACUUUGUCUCCUCAGCCACUAGGGGCCCAGGCCAGGCAUGCUGAGGAAAGAUUCUUGGCUCCAGAACUGAAACCUUAGGGUCCGUCCCCAUGGCCUCUGACGUUUCAAUAAAGGUUUUACAAAGGUCUGUGGCAUCGUCUGCCAGCUACCAUGUAUCCUGUUGGUAGGAAGGCCUGCAGUUUUCCCUGACUGUCCUAUCUUCAGAACACAGAACUGAGGCCAGCCCUAGCCCCUAACUCUCCUUAUAAAGGUGCUAGUCUCUUCCCUGAGGCCAGCACACAAACCACUUUCCUGUGGGGGCUUUGCUGUAUCAUGGUGGUCAGUACAGAACCUGGCUCAAAGACAGCUGGCAACACUAUAUUGUUAGGAAUGCUCUUAAGACGAGCCUCACUGCCUAUGCAAAUAAUUCCAGUUAGACCAAAUUAGACUUAAUAAAAAAUGCCCACGUUUAAUAAAUGCAGCACUCCAGGGUGGUCAGGAACGAGGUGGCGAGGGGGGGGGAGAGAGAUGGGGGGGCCCACAAAACCGGAAAGCCAUGUGUCCCUUUUGGCAGCAGCCUAAAUUACCUGUGGGAGUAGUCCUAACCCUCCCUGGGGAGGGGUCAGAGCUUGGUGGGCUUUUCCGGAGGUGGAGUCCAGACCAAGGUAACCCCCAGAGGGAGGAGGCUUGAGAUGGAGUUUUCUGCUCCAUUGGCACCCCAAGGAUGAAUGCCAGGGGCUAGGGUGAUGCUUCCAGUCAUCCCAGACUCCUUGAAUAUGGGGGCAUCAGAGGGCUGGAGUCUCACUUUCCAACAUAUAUACCAGCUGUUUUGGUUCUAGGUCUCAGCAUGGACUGGGGUUCUUCAUCUUGUCCAUUUCUCAAAGUUCUGUUCCUCAAUAUAUUGCUGCUGCUGCUGCCAGGACCCAGCUCCCAACCACGGGUGCCGCUUUCUCCUAUUUCCAGGAGCCCUAUGGCCCAG